UAACACCCAAAAAGCAGAGACACUGACUCCUGCCAUCCCCUCUCCUGUCAUUGUUGCUCCGUGUGACAUGCUUCAGUGGGCACAGCAUCUCUCUCUCCCUCUCUCCCUCUCUCUCUACGCCUGAAGAAGAAGAAGAAGAAGAAGAGUGGAGGUAAAUAAAACCCACGAGAAGAAGAGAAUCUAUGCCGAGACUCAACGGUGAGUUUUCUUUUGUUCCAUUGCUUAACUAACCGGACCCACACGCCCAGACUCGACUCCACCUCACCUCUCCCCACUCUCUUCAUCAAUAAAUAAUUCAUAAAGCUGUCGAAGUAAACAACACCUUGUCCUAUUUUUUAUUACAACCUUAAAAUCAUAAAGAAAUUCAGACCUUAUCUUCCUCAAUAUAUACACAUAUACACGCACAGGUCUCUGUUGGCUAGCCGGCGAUGCCGACGCCGGUAGGCGUAGCGAGGCAAUGCUUGACAGAAGAGGCGGCGCGUGCUUUAGACGAAGCCGUUGCGGUGGCGCGUCGAAGAAGCCACUCCCAGACGACCUCUCUGCACGCUGUCUCUGCUCUACUAGCUCUCCCGGCCUCAACUCUCAAGAACGCCUGCUCACGUACCACCACGAGCGCGUACUCCUCGCGCCGCCAGUUUCACGUCCUCGACCUCUGCGUUGGCGUCUCUCUAGACCGGUUACCAUCUUCGAAGACGCUCGAGGAGGACCCGCCAAUAUCGAACUCCCUGAUGGCAGCGAUCAAACGGUCACAGGCGAAUCAACGCAGACACCCUGAUAAUUUUCAUAUGCACCAAAUACACUGUAACCAGCAAGCGGCGUCGGUUUUGAAAGUUGAAAUGAAACAUUUCAUUUUAUCGAUUUUGGAUGAUCCGAUUGUGAGUCGCGUAUUUGGGGAAGCCGGGUUUAGGAGUUGUGAUAUAAAGAUGGCAAUAGUUCACCCGCCGGUUAUUCAAAGUUCGAAAUUCUCACGGGCUGGAUGUGCCCCCGUAUUUCUAUGUAACUUACCAGGCUCGAAUAGUACAGUUCCUGGGCGACCACCCGGGUUUAGUUUUCCGUUUAGUAGUGGGCUUGAUGAUGAUGUCGGCGAUGAUGAUGUUUGUAGGAGAAUUGGGGAGGCUUUAGUGAGGAGAGAAGGGAAGGGAAGAAACUUAUUACUUGUUGGGGUUUAUGCAAGUAAUGCUUUAAAGGGUUUUGUUGAUAGUGUAAAUAAAGAUAACAAAGGAGGCGUUUUGCCUAGUGAGAUUAGUGGGGUGAGUGUAAUUAGCGUUGAAGAUGAGGUUAUUCAUUUUGUUAGUGAAGGAGGGGGAGACAAAGAGAAGAUGAGGUUGAAGUUUGACGAGUUGGGUCAGGAAUUGGAGCGGUGUUCGGGUCCGGGGAUUGUUGUGAAUAUUGGAGAUCUCAAGGUUUUGGUUGGUGAAAAUGUGUGUAGGGAUGCCUUGAGUUAUUUAGUUUCGAAAUUGACGGGUUUAUUGGAGGGUUUUAGGGAGAAAAUCUGGUUGGUGGGAGCUGCAGAUAGUUAUGACACAUAUUUGAAGUCUGUAGGGCGGUUUUCCGGUGUGGAAAAGGAUUGGGAUCUUAGGAUUCUGCCUAUUACUUCUUAUAAGAGUCCCAUUGGAGGUUUUGGCACGAAAUCGAGCUUGUUGGGGUCUUUUGUUCCGUUUGGUGGGUUCUUUUCUACCCCAUCUGAUUUCAAAAUUCCAUCAAACAGCAUAAACCAAUCAAUCACUCGUUGUCACCUUUGCAAUGCAAAGUAUGAGCAAGAUGUUGCUGCUAUUCUGAAGAUGGGACCAACAAUAUCAGUUGCUGAACAGUGCUCAGAGAACUUACCUUCUUCGCUACAAAUGGCUGAACUUGACACGAGAAAGGCAGUGGACAUGGUCAAGACCAAAGAUGACGGUACUUCAUUGAAUGCUAAAAUUUUGGGUCUGCAAAAUAGAUGGGAUGAUAUUUGUCAACGUCUCCAUCAUGCUCAGCCAUUCUCCAAAUUUGAUGUUUCCCAAGCCACAUCCCAGGCCGCCAUUGCUGAGGGUUUUCAGUACCUAACAGGUAGGAAAGAGAGCAGAAGCAAUAGUAGCAGCAGAGAUUCAUCACUAAACGAGAAUCAAUGUGCAUAUCUAAAUCUUGGCGCUUGUUUGGACAAGCAAAAGAUCUUUCCAGGGAAAUACUGUGCGGUUUCUGAAGUUGAGAAUGUUAAUCACCAAUCUAAGCUACUUGAAGAAGUUCCAAGAUGUCAGCAAGAAGAGAAAGAGAGCCCUUGGCUUACCCCUAACCCUAUGGCCAAUGUGAGUCUGCCCACUGACAGGACAUCAUCUUUUUCUGUCACUUCUGUAACCACAGAUUUGGGGUUGGGAACACUUUAUGCAUCAAGCACUCGAGAGCUGAUUACUACAAAAUUAUGUGACCCUAGGGAGCAUCAGGAGCACUUCUCAGGUUCCAGUUCUGUGGAGUAUGAUGACAAUACUUCACUUCAAAUUGCACAAUCUUCUUCCUGCUCUGGCCCUUCUUCCGGAGGGCAAUUCAAUUUAAGAAAUUUCAAAUCAGUGAUGAGAGCUCUUUCUGAACAAGUUGGUUGGCAAGAUAGAGCCACGCUUGCUAUUAGCGAAGCUGUAUCCCGCUGCAAAGCUGGACAUGGAAGACACCAUGGUUCAAAUUCCAAAGGAGAUAUAUCGUUUGCUUUCCUUGGACCUGACAGAAUUGGAAAGAAAAAAAUCGCGUCAGCACUUGCUAUGGUAAUGUUUGGCAGUAUCCAAAGCUUCAUCUCCAUGGAUUUGGGCUCCCAUGGUAAGGUUAAAUCAUCAAACUCAAUGCUUGAAAGCCAAGAAUUACAUGAUGAUGAAUUAGGGAGGUCGACAACUUUUGUUGAUUAUAUUGCCUCAAAGUUGAGCAAGAAACCCCAUUCGUUAAUCUUUCUUGAAAAUGUUGACAAGGCUGAUCCUUUGGUCCAAAAUAGCUUGUCCUACGCUUUGAGGACUGGUAAAUUUCCAGAUUCACGUGGAAGAGAAGUUAGCACCAACAGUACAAUUUUUGUGGCAACCUCAACAAUUACAGUGGGUAAUACAAACUUACUCUCAGAGAGAGAAACCAUUAGGUUUUCUGAGGAAAUGAUACUCAGAGCUAAAAGCUGGCAAAUGCAAAUAUUAGUGGAACAUGUUGCAGAGGCUGCCACUAAAAGCAGUCAAAUGAAGGUUAGGAUGUCAAGAGAAGUAACCUCUGCAGUCUCAUCUGGAAAUAAAAGAAAACUAGAUGUAACCAGUGACUCUAUGGAGCAGGAAAGCACCUGCGAGUCUAGCAAACGGGCCCAUAAGCCAUUGCGAUCCUAUCUGGAUUUGAAUCUUCCUGUAGAAGAUACAGGAGAGUGUGCCAACUGCAGUGACAAUGACAGUGACUCUAUUUCUGAAAGCUCACAAGCUUGGUUGGAAUAUUUUUCUGAUCAAGUGGAUGAAAAGGUGGUAUUCAAGCCAUUUGAUUUUGAUUCUCUUGCUGAGAAGACAAUGAAGGAAAUCAGCAAACAAUGUCAGAGGGUAUUCGGAUCCGAGGUAUUGCUGGAGAUUGAUCAUGAAGUCAUGGUACAGAUACUGGCAGCUUCGUGGUUGUCUGAGAAGAAGAGAGCGAUGGGGGAUUGGAUUGAAGAGGUUGUUGGGAGAGGGUUCAGUGAAGCCAAGCAGAAAUCCCAAGCUGGUGCCCAGUGUAUUGUAAAGCUAGUUACUUGUAAAGGCCUUGUGGUGAAAGAGCAAGCUCCUGGAAUAUGCCUGCCUUCAAGAAUAAAUCUGUGAACUGAUUUUUUACUGAUUAGUGUUUCUUGUAAUUAUAUGUAUAGUAGCGUAUAGCUCUAGUAUCUGGAAAGCCCUUUUGGUCAAUUGAUCCCAGAAUCUUUUUUGUGCAGCUAUCAUUGUGUAACUUUUUAUAAUAACUUUUUUUUUUAA